AUGGAGCAGGUAUUUGAAAAGUGCAAUAGAUUUUUCCAGGCAGAUAAGGAAACACGAAAGAGAAAGUUAAAGUUGAGAACGUAUAAAGUUGUUCCGAUAGGGAAUAGUGGUGGAAUCAUUGAGUUUGUUUGUAAUACGAUAUCAUUUAUUGAUAUAGUGUAUCCGUAUCACUUGAAGCAUGAUGAGAUGAGUUAUAGUGAUGCGAAAGGUAUUAUGCUGAAAGCACAGAAUAAGACGAAGGAGAUAAGGAUAAGUGAGUAUAAGAGAAUUUGCGAUAAGAUUCAACCAGUUUUCCGGUAUUAUUUCAUGGAUAAAUAUUUGGAUAGUAAUAGUUGGUUUGAGUCGAAAAUUUCGUAUUGUUGUGGGACAGCCAGUUCAUCUAUUGUUGGGCAUGUGUUGGGGUUGGGAGACCGGCACUGUAAUAAUAUAUUGAUCAAUGAAUUUGGAGAGCCAAUUCAUAUUGAUUUAGGGGUGGCAUUUGAUCAAGGUAAGCUGUUACCGAUACCAGAAACAGUUCCAUUUCGAUUGACAAGAGAUAUUGUUGAUGGAUUUGGAAUCAGUGGAGAAGGAAUGUUUAAGAAGAACAGUGAAUGUUGUUUUAAAGUGUUAAGGAAUAAUAAAGCAAAAAUCAGUACAAUGUUAGAAGUGUUGAAAUGGGAUCCAUUAUAUUCGUUUGUUGUUACACCAUUGAAAAAGCUUAAAUUGCAAAAGCUAUCAGAUAUUACAAUUCGACAAGAGAUAAUUAAAGAGGAUGAUAAUGAUAAGUUCAGUGGGACAGAAAAGGCAUUGGGAGCAGUGCAGCAAAAAUUGGUUGCUGAUGGACUUAGUAAUGAAGCAGUAGUUUCUGAAUUGAUUCAAGAAGCAACGGAUGUCAAUAAUUUGGCCGUAAUUUACGUUGGAUGGUCGCCGUUCUACUGA